CGUGUAGCGCAGAACUGGCGACACCAACGCCACCUCCGGAGCCUAGCCAAGGCGGACGCGCAAUGAAGAGAGGGGACAGGAAGCCCGGGCCGGAGGGUGGGUGUGCGGGAAUGGCCAAUGGCUUUCUCAUGGAAGUAUGCGUUGAUUCAGUGGAGUCUGCUGUGAAUGCAGAAAGGGGAGGUGCUGGCCGCCUUGAAUUGUGUGCUAAUCUGAUGGAAGGAGGAACGACACCUAGCAUUGGACUUUUGCAAGUAGUGAAGCAGUGUAUAAGGGUGCCUGUAUUUGUGAUGAUCCGUCCCCGAGGGGGGGAUUUCCUCUAUUCUGACCGGGAAGUGGAAGUAAUGAAGGCUGACAUCCGACUGGCCAAGCAAUAUGGGGCUGAUGGACUGGUGUUUGGAGCCUUGACUGAGGAUGGGCGUGUAGACACAGAGCUCUGCACAGCACUAUUGGCUGUUUCUCGCCCUUUGCCGGUCACCUUCCAUAGAGCUUUUGACAUGGUAUAUGACCCACUGGCAGCCCUGGAGACACUGAUAUCACUAGGGCUUGAACGAGUGUUGACCAGUGGCUGUGACAGCUCAGCUCUGGAGGGGCUGCCCUUGAUAAAGCGACUGACAGAACAGGCCAGGGGCAGGAUCAUUGUUGUGCCAGGGGGAGGCAUAACUGAGAGAAACCUGCAGAGAAUCUUGGAAGGCUCUGGUGCAUCUGAGUUUCACUGCUCAGCUCGCUCAGCUAGUGACUCUGGCAUGAAGUUCAGGAAUCCCAGCGUAACCAUGGGAGGCUACCUUUCUGCAUCUGAAUAUUCCAUCAAGGUGGCAGAUGUGGCUAAAGUGAGGACCCUGAAUGCAAUAGCAAAGAACAUCCUGUAGAACAAGAGUGCUGUGUGUGGAUAGGAAGACCCAAAGUCUUGGGAUCUUCCCAGGCCUUAGACAUAGACAUUUCAACAUCAUCCAAGCCAGUGUUUAAAGGACAUGAGUCAACCCAAUGAAGAAGCUUGUGGUUGUUUUUCUUGCACUUCCUGCUCUGGCCCCCACAUGGUCUUUUCCUUAGUUGUAAUGGUGUUUGUCUGUGGGGAACAUAUACUGGGGAGGGAUGGGGCUUAGCUAAAGGGGCACACCACUGGGAAACACUGCCUAUGAUUGUCACUCCUCAAAUAAACCCUGAAGCUGCUUUA